CUUUGUAGCUGGAGCAUCUUGCUAACAAGUGUUAUAAGAGCACAAGAGACUCAAAUUAAGGUACAUUCAGUGUAAGGUUUAACGCAUGUUUUAUUGCGAUCUUAGCAAUUGAUUUUAGAAAUAUUUAUUUCCCAUUUAAGUAGAUAUGACUUUUUUAACGAAAUCGGAGUCGUUGUAGCGAACGGGUUACUGGAAACACGGGGGCAGGUACGACACCGCCAAGAUAUGAGUGGAGUGUUGCGUCAUCGCUUCUAAGUAAUUCUAUUGGCCGAGAGUCGUCGGAAGGGAUGGACUUAAGCGCGUAGUGACCAGUGAUAAAGGGCGCUUAGCAAAGCUAAGUUACCAGGAGACAAAUCAAAGGGGGAAAUUACAGAAAAGGAGAUCGUUUGUUCUUCCUGGAAAGAUGAUGAGCUGGCUAUUCAUUCAGUGGUGCAUGAAAGAGUGCUGACGGGUCGAGGCGCAGCGUUUCUACCAGAGGGAGUAGAAAAGCAGGACAGAAGAAGAGAAAGAGGAGUGGGGAGGAAUGGGUGUUGGUAAAAACACCACCUCCAAAUCGAUGGACUCCACCGCAGAGCUUGCCAAAUAUGAUGAGGAGACCAAACAUAGUGCAAAUUUCUACCCCAUCCCAGUGGUUAAUGGGGUUGUCCAAACGCCUGGAGACCAAGACACCGAAGACACAAAACUCAUGGCCAUUUACACCAAAGACAGCCAGACUGAGGACAAGUGCUCCAUAUCAGAGACGAUUGAUAGUGCAGACAACAUCGACGCCAGGAGAAUGGAAAUGAUAUACACCAUAGAGGACACACCUCCAUGGUACCUGUGUGUGUUCCUGGGUUUACAGCACUAUUUAACAUGCUUCAGUGGGACUAUUGCUGUGCCAUUCUUGUUGGCUGAAGCCAUGUGUGUGGGAUAUGACCAGUGGGCCACCAGUCAGCUGAUUGGCACCAUUUUCUUUUGUGUGGGCAUUACCACCCUGCUGCAAACCACCCUCGGGUGCCGGCUUCCAUUGUUCCAAGCCAGCGCUUUUGCGUUUCUAGCUCCGGCGAGGGCCAUCCUGUCUCUGGAUAAGUGGAAGUGUAACGCAACAGAUGUUCCUUUAUUAAAUAGCACAGAGCUGCCGCACACAGAAGACAUCUGGCAUCCCAGGAUACGUGAGAUACAAGGUGCUAUAAUAGUGUCCUCUCUAAUAGAGGUGGUCAUAGGGGCCUUGGGUUUGCCGGGUGUCCUGUUGAAGUAUAUUGGGCCGCUCACCAUCACCCCCACAGUCACUCUAAUCGGACUCUCUGGGUUCCAGGCGGCUGGAGAGAGGGCAGGCAAACACUGGGGCAUUGCUAUGCUAACCAUAUUCCUGGUCCUGCUGUUCUCCCAGUAUGCACGGAACAUCCAGUUGCCGCUUCCCAUCUACAAAUCCAAAAAGGGCUGGACCUCAUACCGCCUGCAGCUGUUCAAGAUGUUUCCUAUCAUUAUGGCAAUUCUUGUAUCGUGGUUUCUGUGUUUCAUCUUUACUGUGACUGACGUGUUUCCCCCUGAGAAAGAAAAGUAUGGAUUCUACGCCCGGACAGACUCCCGACAGGGAAUUCUGGCAGCCGCCCCUUGGUUCAAGAUCCCUUACCCCUUCCAGUGGGGGCUACCGACGGUGACGGCAGCAGGGGUUAUAGGAAUGCUGAGUGCUGUGGUUGCCAGUAUCAUUGAGUCUAUUGGAGACUAUUACGCUUGUGCCCGUCUCUCUGGUGCCCCGACACCACCUGUACAUGCCAUUAACAGGGGGAUUUUUAUGGAGGGCGUUUCCUGUGUUAUUGAUGGCGUAUUUGGAACAGGGAACGGCUCCACGUCUUCUAGUCCGAACAUUGGGGUGCUGGGCAUCACAAAGGUGGGCAGCAGGCGGGUCAUUCAGUAUGGUGCGGCUAUAAUGCUUCUGCUUGGAUUGGUGGGUAAGUUCAGCGCUCUGUUCGCAUCAUUGCCGGACCCAGUCCUGGGGGCGCUGUUCUGCACGCUGUUCGGCAUGAUCACCGCAGUCGGCCUUUCCAACCUGCAGUUUGUGGACCUCAACUCUUCCCGCAACCUCUUUGUUCUCGGCUUCUCCAUCUUCUUCGGGCUGGUCCUGCCCAGCUAUCUCAAAGAGAACCCUCUUGUUACUGGUAUAGUGCAGAUUGAUCAGGUGCUGAACGUUCUUCUUACAACUGCAAUGUUUGUUGGAGGCUCCGUGGCAUUUGUGCUGGAUAACACUAUUCCUGGUUCACCGGAGGAAAGGGGAAUCUGUAAGAUGAAUCGUGGAAAUGGGCCAUCUAAACGGGACAGAAUGGAAUCCUAUGACCUCCCGUUUGGGAUGGACUUCCUGCGUCGCCAUCGUAUUUUCCAGUACCUCCCAAUAAGUCCCACUUUCGCUGGCUACCAUUGGAGCGUUCUCACCCAUAGAUGCCACAAGCGGAGCAACAGGAGGGAAGACGACAUUCCAACAAAACCAGAACUGGGAGAAAGUGGGGUAUAGUUUUCAGCACCAGUAGAGUUGGGGUUUUAGCAAGACUUUUUCAACCCAGUCAGUGCAACCCGGGUCCCUUUAUAGAAAAGCCACCUAUAGGCUCCUUUUAUCCUGUUCUUCACAAACUCUCUGAAUCCUUCAUGGUCAGCUCAUCUUGUCAAUGUUCAACACAUCAUAGUUUAAAUCUAAUUGUUGUAAUGGUUCCUAAAAUCUUAUAAACAAGCAGACAGCAGAACAACUUAGAUGGUUCAGUAUGUGUUUCCAUGACAACACUGAGUGGAUGCAAUGGAGGUUGAACCUGUGUUGCUUUCUGACAGAUUGGUAUAAUUUUAUAAUAUAUCUACUGAAUUUCAGAUCUCAGUGUUCCUCCUUAGCAGACCUGCACUACAUAUGCACACAUCAUCAUUUCUGUAAAGAUCAUUUUAUGUGUUAGAAUGUGAAUUUGCAAGUGCUAAUUGUGUGCACAUAGUGUUGACCGCCUCGCACCACACCCACAAACACGUGUGCGCGCACAAACGUGCUCACACUUGUUUAAUGCAUGUCAUUGGCUGGGAUCCUGUUAAUGCAAGCGGCUAGUAAAAGUCUACGUACAGUAGCAAUGCCAGGCUAAGUGCUUUGUUUUUAUUGCACAGUUUGCUAAAGCAAGACUUGACGCACAAAAAUGUAUUUGAAUCUUCUUUGGUUAUGUCUAACUUAACUUCCAGUCUUUUUUUCGGUCAUGCAUAAGUUCAAACACUAAACUUGUCAGAUUUAAGUCUCUAUGCCUUAAACAUUGAGGGAGAAUUAAAACGUUUUAAUCUGUAAAUUAUUUAAACAGUGCAUGAUGUAGUAAAUGUCCACCGUUCUGCCUGUUUUUGGUGCUGCUGUGUUGAUAAAUAGCUGUGGUGCAAAGUGGGAUUUUUGUAUUGGCAUUACUUAAAAAGUAGCGCUGCAGUAUUUGCUUAUCAGCAGUAAUAAAUACUUUUUUUCUAAUUACAAACAUUUUGGGGUGCACAAUAGGUUUGAGACACCUAUGCAGUAGUUGAAAUGAUAUGGGAAUGAAUGUAUUCGGUGAAUGGUUUGGAAAAAUGGGAAAGCCCGACUGAAACUGAUGGUUAUAGUCUGGAUUUAUCAGUGUGAUCCUGUUCUGUACGGCAAGUUUCUGAUAUGUCCUGUAUUUGGAUGGACUUAUUUGAUCCUCGUUGUUGUGAAUGUGGUUAAUGUUAAUCCCAAAGGCACCUUAUAUGUGGCUAUCUUUCAAACUGUACAAAUCAUGCUAUACUGAAUAAUCACAACUAUUUCUUAAUCUUUCAUCUUUUACUGUAUUAGUGUAGUUCUCAAUGUUUUGGUUUACAGACAUGUAUUUUUUUUUAAUCUGGACACUAUCAGCCAUUCGUUAUACAGUAUGUUUGGACAUUUUUGGAAUAUCUGCAGUUUCCACAAAAGAUUUGAUUUGGCCGAUGGGACUUUAAUGUCAUGGGUCACUUGUAAACAUCCUGUUUAUUUAUCCUUAGUUGAAAAUGCACAAAGGAUUAACUGUGCCCAGAGAUGCUAUGACUUCCUCCUUAAGUUCACUCAGAGCGCCAUCUGAUGGUGAAUAUGUGUAUGUCACACAGCAUCCGCUUUAGAUGCACAGUUUUUUGUUUUGUUUAAUUUAUUUAUUUAUAUUAACAAAGUCUGUUUCUUGAAUAAAUUCCUCUCCUGCAUACACAACUGAAAGGUUUCAGCAAGGGUAUGGGAGAUUUGGCCUAGAUUAAAUUUGCUCGGGCAAAUAGAAAUGGCUAUUUAUUUACAACAUAACUGGUGCUUCCUCGGUGGCUCAUUCCAAGUAAUAAUAUGUUUUUAUUAAGUUUAUUUUCUCAAUCAAGCUGACUUGUAAAACAGCUUUUUGGUGUGAUGAGACAGUUUUUGGUUGGUUGUAUUUGUGACCCUGCCUGUGAAAUCAGUUUAAAGAUAUCAAGGUUAUAUUUUCACAGAAUGUUCUUUACAUUAUGAAGGAUUUUCACAAACCGGGUCACAUUUGUUUUUAACAGAAACUUGUAAUUAUGCAAGGACCAUUUGACUUGGUAACACAAUGUUACAACUGUUUCUACAUUUCAUCCUUAUUUAUAGAUUUUACACAGUUUCUGCAGAUUUUUCCUUUUAUUUAACUGGAAAGCUACUGCAGAGUGGUUUAAGUGUGUGUGAGAUCUUUUAAGUGACAGUAUUUGGGACCUGAAAAUAAUAUAAAUCACUUGUGGACACUAGGAAUCAAAAAGUGCAGUAUCUGAUUUAUUCACUUAGAUGAAACGAGCAUUUGAUCCUUUUUGUUACAUUACGAAUAUGAAUCUUACUCUAAAACAGCCAGCACUCAAAGUGGUUUAAUGAUUGUCUGAAAGUUGUUUAUCCAAAGUUAACGUAACAAGUGUGCAGGUUUCUCUCGGUUUACACCCACAAGUUAGUUUUUUACAGGUGUCAGUCAUCAUCCCCUAACAUAUUUUCCCUUAAAUUGCUUGAAAUGUUAUUGUAUGCAGAAUGACUCAAAAAUGUGGACUUUCUUAUAAAGACCUAUCACUUCCUGUGCCAAUUGUUCUUUGAUUAAAAUAGUUUUAAUGAGCAUAAAUAUUUGUCAUGGGAUAGAAAUGUUUUAAAGCAAUUUGUAAGCGCUUUUUUGGCCAUAAUAAUAAGCACUCAAAUGCUGCUUUAUUGAUGCUAAAUUUUGAUAUGUGAACAUUUUGAUAACGUAUAACGAUUUGAAUAUGUCUCGAUGUAAAUUGAGAUCAAAGUUUAAAGGUUGUGACGGGUCUUAAUAACAUGGUUGCAUAGAGUAAGAAAUAAAUAGUAAACCCUUCAGUUAUUUUGAGGGGGACAUAUCUGAAUAAAAAAGUUUUUCUUCUGAAUAAGUGUACAAUACAUAAUUUCUUUUAUACAUCAUUUUGUGUUUAUACAGACAAAAAGAUGUUUGUAAAAAUCCAUGCAUAUAAUCUUAAAUCAUGAUGCUAGAAAGUGCAACAUUUUGUUACAUUUUUAUUUAAA